CACGCCCUCCAGUCUGACUGCGGCUGACCUGUUCUUUCCGCGGAACAGGCAGCCACUCCCCUAUCUCUCCACCACGGACGGCCCGUACUUCCAACGCCCAGUUUCCAUGGUCGUUGGGGAAAAGCCUCUUUCUCCUGGCCAUCAAAUCGCCCUCGUCCUCAUUAAAAUCAUCUAAUCUAACUACUUAGUAAGACCGCUGAUUACAUAUCAUGCAACACUACAAGUGCCUCGAUGAGCUCACACCUGUGAGGCUCUCUCACUUUGCAUCCUCUCAUAUCGAGUUUGACCAGUGAUCUCUAUACACGUUACUCCUACUGCCAUCCAUCAUGUUUGAACUGUGGAAGACCACUCAGGGUACUACCCACCACCAGCCAGAGGAGGCGAUGCACCUCGAGGCUUUCAAUCAUCCACUCCACGACGGGGUCGAACAGUCCAUCGCCUGCCGACGAAAAGACACAUCCCCGAUGAACAUAAAUGCAAAGUGCAAGAGCUGUGACAGGGUCUUCCGACGGCCUUGUGAUCUAACGAAGCAUGAGAAGACACACAGCCGCCCCUGGAAAUGCACAGAACCAUCGUGCAAAUACUUUGAGAUUGGGUGGCCUACUGAGAAAGAGAGAGACCGCCAUAUCAACGACAAACACUCGCGGUCUCCCAUCAUGUACAAGUGCCGCUUUCCUCCAUGCAACUACCAGUCCAAGCGUGAGAGCAACUGCAAGCAACACAUGGAGAAGGCUCAUGGCUGGGCCUACAUACGAUCCAAGAACAACGGCAAAGGAAGCAGCACCCGGGGCUCUCCCGUCCAAGCCACCCCGAUGUCUACCCAGACGACUCCGGCAACCCCCAGCCUCCCAACACCAUUCUUCGAGAAUACCGACUACUACAAUACUCCCCUUAUCACGACCAACCCCUUCUCGGACCCUCUCAUGCCCAUAGGACAUGAGGACUUUCAGCUCUUCUCAGACUCCAACCUGCUUGGGAACCUGACCGACUUCCCUGAAUUCAGCCCUCUUCCGCCGGAAAUUCCAGAAUUCGAGCAGUUAUGCCAGCCUCCGGCCACCAAUGACGGCAUACCUGAAGCUUUCAGCCUGGGUAUCCAAGGCGGACAAGGAGACCUUAUGCUCUACACGCCAGCGUCAACAUGGAUGGAUGAUGACCUACUCUAAGAACCUUUUGUGCCUUGAAGGUACCAUUUCGUUGGCGUGGAUCUAUGUAUUUUUUUUUUUUUUUUUUUGAUGCGGUUGUUUUAGCGACUGAGCUCUUGGGAUGGCAUUGGCGUCUGUGUGGGUUACAUUAAUGUCUUGAUAUGUACUGAUAGCGGUGCCACGGAAUCUGAACGAGUGUCUUUUAACUUUCUAUGGAUGUAUGGAUGACCUCUCACGUUGUUCAUGGGCUGCGAUGUCUCGUAGGAAUACCUGUGUCCAUGCACGUACUGCCGUUUCCCUUUUGAGGUGAUCUACGUGCAUAUCACGUGCAUGGCCAUCUCUGCAGCUUCGAUAUAAUUCCAACCAUAUUACGAAGUAAAUUAAAC